AGACACAAACACAGUCAUGGAUUUCUCGGAAGAGUGGAAAUCGCUGUGGCCAAUAUCAUCCGUAUUCUCACCCCCACUCCUCUCGACCACUGAAACCGGACCUCUGAUCUUCAAUCCAUCGCCAACUACACUCACCCAACUCUUCUCUUCCCCUUCUCUCUCCCCUCUUCUCCCUCCUCCUUUCCCCAAUCUCUCUCUGACAAGAUUCCUCCAAACUUCCACCGCAGACUCUUUUCUCUUACCUUCCACACGCACAUCUAUUGCUACCCAGUUCGGGCUUCAAGUCCCUGACCCAUCACCGCUACUCUGCAACCGCAUUCAAUUGCUCCGAUGCCCUGGAACAGCGUCUGUUGUUGUGUUUUUUCCUACCGGCGACAACUCUGAUCAAGUAGGGUUUGUGAUUCUCUCAGUGAAAGAUACCCAGUUGGAUGUUAGAGCUUUGGGUGACAGUGGGGAUGUUUUUGUGGCGGAAACUAAGUUGAAUCAACGUAUUCUGAGAUUAUUGGUGAACCCAGUUGCCGAUUUUGAUUUUUUGUGUUCUAGUUUGGGUAAGUCUUGUUUUAUUACUAUUGGGUAUUUAUUAGCCUGUACAAUGUACUCUGUGUUUUGGUUUAGAGUUAGGAUUAAAAAGACUGAUUCCGACUUAGAGAGAGUAGUAGUAGAUUUUUUGGGUAGUAAGUUAUUUAAGACUUGUGCUGUUGUUCAUGCUUGCUGGAGUCCACAUUUACCAGAAGAGUGUGUGGUAUUGCUAGAGAGUGGUGAAUUGUUCUUGUUUGAUUUGGAUUCUUGUUGUAAAACCAGGGGUUUGAUUAAGAGAUUUUUGGGAAAGAAGCUAAGAAUUUUAUGGAGUGAUUUCAUUGAUUUGGAGAAGGGGCAGUGGUUGAGCUGUGAAUUUAGCUGGCAUCCCAGAAUUGUGAUUGUUGCUCAUUCUAGUAAUGUGUUUUUAGUUGAUUCGAGGUCAGAGGGAUGCAGUGUCACCUGUUUACUGAAGAUUGACAGAUUGGUUAUGGGUAAUCCUAUGAGGAGUGAUCAAUUUAUUGCAUUAGCUAGGGCGGGUUCUGAUGGAUUUUAUUUUACUGUGGCCUCCAAUUACUUGCUAAUUUUAUGUGAUGUAAGGAAACCACUGAUGCCAGUGUUGCAGUGGGCACAUGGUCUUGAUAACCCGACGUUUAUUACCGUGUUCAGAUUGUCUGAUUUAAGGUCGCACCCAAAGGAUGAUAGAUAUAAGUGGGCAUCUGAUUCAGGCAAUUGCAUUAUACUGGGAUCGUUUUUGAAUUGCGAGUUUAGUGCCUUUUGCUAUGGACCAGGUAAUAAAGGAUGUGUUGCUUUUGAAAUUUUGAAAUUCUCCAAAUCCUUUUGUGCUUGGGGACUCCCUUCGGAGCUCUCUUUAUCUGGUCGUGGUUGUAACUGUGGAAGUUGUCUUGUAAGCGAAGAAUUCUCAAAGGAUGCUCUUCCUGAAUGGAUUGAUUGGCGGCAGAAGAAAGAAAUAGUUUUGGGGUUUGGCAUCUUCGAUAAAGGUCUCUCUGUUCAGUUGUAUGAGCCAGAUAGUUUCGGUGGAUUUUCAGUGAUUAGGAUGAUGUCCUCAGGAAAGCUUGAAAUGCAAACCUACUCUGCUGCUUGGGAAUUUUGGAAUAAUUCAGAAGCCCACAAAGGGUUAAGAAAAUCAAUAAAUCAUUUUGAAGAUUCUCUUCUAUAUGCAAUAGGUAACGAGGAAUAUAACUUUCCCAAGAAGUUUCAGUACCUGAAACUUGACUAUCUUGAGGGCAGUUUGAAAGAUAAUCUUGCCAAAGUACUGGUUAAGAAAAUCAGAAAGCUCAGUGAACGUCCUGGCAGAAAGGACUCUUCUGAGUCAGACUUCCAUCAACAUAUAUGUCAGAAGUUGAAGGCUUAUGGGUUCACCAAAUCGAGAUCCUCUCCUGCAAUUUACGACGUUUUGAAGUACAUCAGCUCCCCAACCAGUAUACAUGAUAUUGCUUUAAAGAGCAUUUGGGGUGGCUUGCCUAUGAGUAUUUUAUGUUUAGCUUUCUCCACCUGUUCUGACCUCCUUGAAGUUCUUAUGAACCACAAAAAGGUAUCCCCGGAAUUUUUGGAUAUUCCAGAUCAAGGCCAAAUGCCUCCUUUUCCCUUGCGGAAGCCUUCAUGUCGUAGCAGUAAGUGGUCACACAAAACGCAGCCUAGUGAUGCUUUAGUCGGACCAAUUGUUCCUAUUCGUGUUUUGAUUAUACUUCGUAAGCUUUAUGAGGCAGAGGAAACUGAUGGAUUGUCUGCUAACACGGAGCUUGAACUUCACUGCAAUAAAGUCAUGCAGGUAGCCAAUGAAGUUGCUGCAUCGACUUCUGGUUCUGGGCUUUAUAAUGAACAUGCUGUUUCCCUUGCCGAUGAUACAGAAGAGACGUGUUAUGUCUCUCAAAACGAAAAGCUUUAUUCUUUGCAUGAGCCAGUUGCGUUUUCAGGCAAGCUCUCAACUGUUGAUCCAAACCCAGGGAGUUCUGGAUGUGAGAGUGAGAGAUUUACAACCUUAAUUUUCAAAAAGCAUCAGGAACUUGUCUCCAAUUCCAAAAUGAAGAUGGGCGGACUAGAACUAUUUGACAAGUGGUGCCCAUCAGAGUUGAAGUUUAAUGAUCGUGCCAUGAACUUUGGGCCGAAGGAGCUAAAAACUUACAAAUUGCUGAUGCGCCAAGACAGAAAAUUUCAGGAAGGCUUUGAAUUAUAUCAAAAAUAUAGUAGUAGGUCCAAUUUCCCCAAACAAGAACUGUAACAACCUCUUCGCUCGCCUUCCUUUUAUUUUGUAAUUAUUCUUGGGCGAUAGUGGGCGAGGUUGUUUCUUAUAUUUUGACAUGUUGUUAACCUCAUUGUAUAGCUAGGAAAAACUUCUGUUGUAUUGGAUAAAUUUGAAUGAAAUCCAUUUUUACAUCAAAUUGAGAGAAUGUUAUCAACUAAAUUCUAC